AUGGUGCUCAACGUUGCCGCGAGGCAUGCCAUUCGUGCCGUCGCUCGCACACCUAUGACCCCUCGGGCUCAGGCGAUACCCCGGACUGUCGUCCUCGCAUCCUCCUCCAUUCGUUUCCUGGGCACAUCCUCUUCCUCGUUAGCCCCCAAGAAGUCGCGAUCGACACCAACGCCGACGCCGUCUCCAGCAUCGCCAAAACCAGCCGAACCCUCAGAGAAGUCUGUCUCGGAACCAGAUGCUCCACCUACACCCGCCGAAGCAGAAUCCAAGAUCGAACCACGCAAAGGCUCUUCUGCCUUCGACCUUGACACAUCCGCCGUCCAACUCCUCGAAGAUGCUGAGUCUGCUUCCAAGUCCGGCGCAGGCAAGGGCGGUAGCACGGGGGCCAAAGCCAAAACGGGUGCCCGCAGCAUGUCGUCCAUCGAGCGACGUCGUCAGAACACCGUUCGCAUCCUCGCCGGUUUCGUCCUGAUCGGUGCCGGUCUCUCGGCGUACAACCUCGGUCGUCCGUGGGACAACGACCUGGAAGCCUCUCGCUUCGCCGACUCUCCCGAUGCCUCUUCCUUCCUCGGUCGCAUCAAGCUCCGUCUCAACGCCAUGUACGAAGACCUCAACAAGCCCGUCUUCGACCAGCUCCUCCCCGAUCCCCUCCCCUUCCCCUACGGUCGACCGUACACCAUGGUGAUCGAUCUGGACGAUCUGUUGGUGCACUCCGAGUGGUCGCGUGAGCACGGAUGGCGGACGGCCAAACGUCCUGGAUUGGACUACUUCCUCGGUUACCUAUCCACCUGGUUCGAGAUCGUACUCUUCACCACGCAGCCGUUUUUCACUGCAGGACCCAUCAUCGAGAAGCUCGAUCCGGAUCGUAGGUAUAUUGCCUACACGUUGUUCCGCGAAUCGUGCCGCACCGUGGAUGGCAAGUUGGUGAAGGAUUUGGACCAUCUCAAUCGCGAUUUGUCCAAGGUCGUGGUGGUGGAUACCAAUCCGGAUUCGUUCCACCUGCACCCGGCGAAUGGGUUGCUGGUGAAGCCGUGGACAGGAGACAAGACCGAUCGAGACCUGGUCGGGUUGGUACCCUUUUUCGAGGCGAUUGGGAUCUACAACAUCGAAGAUGUGAGGCGGACGCUUCAGUCGUAUGCCGGAACGCACAUCCCAUCGGAGCACGCACGACGGGCGGCGGAAACGCGCGAACGCGAGCUGGUCGAGAACAAGGCGAGGAUGGAGAGGAUGGGCAAGUUCGGCUCGGUCUUUAGCGGUGUUGCCCGCGGCGCCAAUGCUGGGCUUCCUGCGGAUAAGACGUUCUACGACACAGAGCGCGAACGCUAUGUCCAGGCGUAUUUGGAAGACCAGAAGUACUGGAAGGAGAACGGAGAGGCGCUCAGGAAGCAGGCUAAGGAGGAUCAGGAGAGGCAGAUCAGGGAGAUGAAGAUGAACACUUGGGGCUUCUUCACCGGUGGAAUGAAGCCGCCGCAGCAGCCACAGGAGGAGGGCAAGUAG